AGGUUCUUGGAGGUAGCAGGUAUCCUGGCCCAGGAGGUGUCAGCUCAGGCCCAGCCUCUUCAGAGACAACACCCGGAGCCUCAUCUCUCUCCUCACACUGCUCGGACUCUGACACAGGUUACUGGGGCCAUUUGGGCUUUGGAGGAACCUGGACCAGACCCUGGCCCAGUAGGAUGCCCCCUUGUCCUCCCCAGCACAGCAGGAACAGGGUGACACAGCUGUCUACUCCGGAGCUGGGCGAAAUGGAACUGACCUGGCAAGAGAUCAUGUCCAUCACGGAGCUGCAGGGUCUAAAUGCUCCAAGUGAGCCAUCGUUUGAGCCCCAAGUCCCAGCCCUGUACCCUGGACCCCCACCACCCCAAACUUACUGCCCUUGUUCAGUCCACCCAGAGGCUGGCUUCCCUCUUCCUCCAUCACCUUAUGAGCUCUCAGCAUCCACAUCUCACAUCCCAGAUCCCCCAUACUCUUACAGCAACAUGGCCAUACCAGUCACCAAGCCACUGACCCUCUCAGGCCUGCUCAAUGAGCCCCUCCCAGACUCCUUGGCCCUCCUGGACAUUGGGCUGCCAGCGGGGCCACCCAAGCCUCAGGAAGACCCAGAAUCUGACUCGGGAUUAUCCCUCAACUAUAGUGACGCUGAAUCUCUUGAAUUAGAGGGGACAGAGGCUGGUCGGCGGCGCAGCGAAUAUGUAGAGAUGUACCCAGUGGAAUACCCCUACUCACUUAUGCCCAACUCCUUGGCCCACUCCAACUAUGCCUUGCCACCUGCUGAAACCCCAUUGGCCUUAGAACCCUCCUCAGGCCCUGUGCGGGCUAAGCCCACCACACGGGGCGAGGUGGGGAGUCGGGAUGAGCGUCGGGCCCUGGCCAUGAAGAUCCCUUUCCCUACGGACAAGAUUGUCAACCUGCCGGUAGAUGACUUUAAUGAGCUGUUGGCACGGUACCCGCUGACGGAGAGCCAGCUGGCACUGGUACGGGAUAUUCGACGGAGGGGCAAGAACAAGGUGGCUGCCCAGAACUGUCGCAAGAGAAAGCUGGAGACCAUUGUACAGCUUGAGCGGGAGCUGGAGCGGCUGGGCAGUGAACGGGAGCGGCUUCUCAGGGCCCGUGGGGAGGCAGAUAGGACCCUGGAGAUCAUGCGCCAACAGCUGACAGAGCUGUAUCGUGACAUUUUCCAGCACCUUCGAGAUGAAUCGGGCAACAGCUACUCGCCUGAAGAGUACGUGCUGCAACAGGCUGCCAAUGGGGCUAUUUUCCUGGUGCCCCGGGGAACCAAGAUGGAGGCCAUAGACUGAGCUGGCUCAGAAGGGUGGGACUGGUGAUGGGGAUUUCCUUCAUUCCCUUCUGAUUAAGGUACUCCCCAACCCUGAGAACCAGAAAGAGCUGAGUUCUCUAGACCAGAAGAGGACAAAAAUGAGAACACCUGUGUUUGGAAGGUCCAAGGUGUGUCCAGUGAGGUUUACCUUGAGGCCAGUAUGUUAGGAGAGGGCUGGAAUCAAUUCUUCUGUGACUCAGCUUCCCAAGUCUCCAACCUCCACCUCUUGUCUAAGCUUUGGUCUAUAAAGUGCUCUGCAGAAAUA